AUGGCUCCACGCCUUCUACUUGUAGUUAUAUGCUGCUUCCAGCUAGGCUUGGCCGUUGGACCCAGCUAUCGCUCAGUGGAGCAGUUGGAAAGCGUACCUCAUGGCUGGUCAAAACGAGGUACGCCGCCAGCCUCCAAGCGCAUGAUGUUCCAUCUGGCGAUUGCGCAGACCAAAGCCGCCGAAUUUGAGAAAAAGGUCGUUGAGCUCUCCACACCAGGCCAUCCAAAGUAUGGACAACACAUGAAACGCAGCGAAGUGGAUGACUUCCUGAGUCCCUCGCCCGAUAUCUUGUCGCAGAUUCUGUCGUGGCUAGAAUCCGAGCAUGUCCCUAUAGAAACAAUUGAGACCAAUCGGAACUGGAUAAAAUUCCAAGCAUUCGUCCCGCAAGCCGAGAAAAUGCUGAAGACGCGCUUUUUUCACUACCACAACGACGCCAGUCAGACCUCGGCCAUCAGGACCUUGGGCUAUUCCGUGCCUGAAGAGCUACACCCCUAUAUUGAGAUGAUUCAGCCAACCACUCGGUUUGGAAAUCUCGGGCCGCAGAGAGCCCUGCCUUUAGCCCAGCCGAUUGUGGCAACGCCCGAGGAUUUGGCAGGCGGCUGCGACAGGCUCAUGACACCAGAUUGUCUUCGAGAUAUGUAUGGGCUGUACGACACAGAGGCAAAGCCCGAUCCACGAAAUCGAUUGGGAAUAUCUGGGUUCCUGGAGCAGUAUGGCCGAUAUUCCGACUUCAACACCUUUAUAGGUCGGUUCGCGCCAAAUCACACAGACGCCAACUUCACCGUCGUGUCCAUAAAUGGCGGCUUGAAUAAUCAGGAUUCGUGGAGCGGAAGUACAGAGGCAAGCUUGGAUAUCCAGUACGCCAUCUCUGUGGCGUACCAAGCCUUGGCCACCUAUUACACCACCGGAGGACGUGGGCCCUUGGAAGCAGAAGCAGAUCAGCCCAAUGCGAGUGACUCGCAGAAUGAGCCGUAUCUGGACCAGCUACAGUAUCUGGUAAAUCUCCCAGAUGAUGAGUUGCCCGCAGUGCUAUCCACAUCAUACGGAGAAUCCGAGCAGAGCAUUCCAGCCUCCUACGCGACAUCUGUCUGCAACCUGUUUGCUCAACUAGGUGCUCGUGGGGUCUCGGUAAUUUUCAGCAGUGGAGACUCUGGAGUUGGAGGGUCCUGCCUGAGCAAUGACGGAACAAAUCAGACCAAAUUCCUCCCGGGCUUUCCAGCCUCUUGUCCGUUUGUCACGGCCGUCGGUGGGACAUAUGGUACCGCUCCUGAAAAGGCGAUCGACUUCUCUGGAGGCGGGUUUUCAGAGUUGUUUUCCCGUCCUUCGUAUCAGAACGAGGCAGUGAAUGGCUACCUGAGUCGUCUGGGUGACGAAUGGGAUGGACUGUACAACCGGACCGGAAGAGCCAUUCCCGACGUAGCAACCCAAGCCAGCAAUUUCGCGAUCCGCGACCACGACACGUACUUGAAGAUCAGUGGCACAAGGUUAGUUGCUCCGAGUUGUAGAUGA